AUGCAGCAGCAGCAGCAGCAAGCAGCAGCAGCGGCCCGCAGGCCUAAGAGCAGCAGCGGCAGAAGCAGCAGCAGCAGCAGCAGCAGCAGCAGCAGCUUUGCUUCACCGUCAGCAGCAGGUACAGCAUCCGGCUGCAGAACACCCAAAGCUGCAGCAGCAGCAGCAGCAGCAGCAGCAACAGCAGCAGCAGCAGCAGCAGCAGCAAAAGAGGGAACCGUUCAAUUCACAUCAUACAGGUCAGUAGCAGCAAGAGCGAUAAGAGAAGAAACCCCAACCCUCACAAUGCAGCAACAGCAACAGCAGCAGCUGCAGCAGCAGCAGCUGCAGCAGCAGCAGCAGCAGCAGUUGCAGCAGCAGCAGCAGCAGCAGUUGCAGCAGCAGCAGCAGCAGCAGCAGCAGCAGAUGCAGCAGCAGCAGCAGGCGGAACGGGAACGGCAGCAGGAGCAGCAGGAACAAAAGCUUGCAGCCGAAGCCGCAGAAGCAACGUCCGCAGCAGCAGCAGCAACAGCAGCAACCGCAGCAGCAGCAGCAGCAACAACAGCAGCAGCUGCAGCAGCAACGCCAACAGGUAAAGGGAGAGGCCGAGCAGGAGAGAAGCAUGCAAAGGAAGGAAGGGGAAGAGGGCAAAAGUCCAGCAGCAGCAGCAGCAGCAGCAGCAGCAACAGCAGCAGCAGCAGCAGCAGCAGCAGCAGGAGUAACAACAGCAGCAGAAAGAGGAACAGCAGCAGCAGCAGUACAAACAGCAGCACGGUUCUAUCUGCAACAACCUCCCCCUCAUCAUCAUCAUCAUCAGCAGCAGCAGCAGCAGCAGCAGCAACAACAGCAGCAGCAGCAGCAGCAGCAGCAGCAGCAGCAGAACGAAGACAGCAGCAGCUAGAACAAAAACAAAUACAAGAAGAAAUAUCUCUUCUCUGUCCCCUUCCUAUGCUUGAUAAAAACAAAGAACAGCCGCAGCAGCUGCUGCUGCUGCAGACCCUCUUCGCCGGACAGAUGCAGGACGGCAGACCCAGGACAGCAGCAGCAGCAGCAGAAACGGAAGAGAUAGAGAAAGAAGAAGAACGGUGGGGUUGUUGUGCUGCUUCGGUUAGGGACCUCAGGCUGGGGGCCCUAGAAGCAUACGGCUUAGAGGCCCACCUGCGGAGACUAGCUCAGCAGCAGCAGCAGCAGCAGCAGCAGCAGCAGCAGCAGCAGCAGAGGCAGCAGAAGCAGUUGCUCUUGCAGCAGAUGCAGGAAAGACAGGGAGCAGCAACUGCUGCUGCUGCUGCAGCAGCAGCACUUGAUGAUGAUGAUAUACAUAUAGAUACAAACAACGCAGACUUCUUUCUUACCCACAACACAAACACGCAGCAGCAGCAGCAGCAGCAGCAGCAGCAGCAGCAGCAGCAGCAGCAGUUGCAGCAGAUGCAGAUGCCACUCACGCCUAAGAAAACCCAACUCAGCAAGCAACAACGCCAGCAGCAGCAGCAACAGCAGCAGCAGCAGCAACAACAGCAGCAGCAGCAGCAACAUCUGCGGUCUGGUGACCCUCAGAAACAGCAGCAGCAGCAGCAGCAGCAGCAGCAGCAGAGUUUAGGAGAUGAUGUGAGAGCAUACAGCAGCAGCAGCACCGAAGCAAACAGCAUUGAGGACUCCUGCAGCAGCAACACGGGCUGCUGCAGCAACGCGAGCUGCUGCAGCGGCGCGGACUGCAGCAGCGGGCUGUGCUGCGACCUCCUCAGCAGCAGCUCUCUCUUUAAGAGUCCUAGCAGCAGCAGCAGCAGCAGCAACAGCAGCACCAAACUGCUGCCCCCGCUAGACUGCUCUGCAGACGAAACAGCAGCAGCAGCAGCAGCAGCAGCUGCAGCAGCAGCAGCAGCAGCAGGUAGAGGGGGGCUAUCAAUGACGUCCUCUCAAGAGGGAGACCCAUCAACUGUGUUAGUGAGCAGCAGCAGCAGCAGCAGCAGCAGCAGCAGCAGCGGCAGCAGCAGCAGCAUUCGUGAGGAAGAAACGGAAGCAGCAGCUCUUGCAGCCGCCGCAGCCGCAGCAACAGCAGCAGCAGCAGCAGCAGCAGCAGCAGCAGCAGCAGAUUCAGCUCAGGUGUAUAGGCACCUCUCAGGUGUAUAG